AUAUAAGAUUUAUUUUUUUAAAAAAAUUCUAGUUUAAUUUUUUAAUUUUUUGAUUUUAAUUUUAUUAAAGAUAUAUUCGUUAUUAUUAGGAAGGACAUUAAUAAUUUGUAGUAAUUUAGAUGGAUAUUAUCGUAAUUAAAAAUUUAAAAAGAGACGGUUGGUACUUUACCCCUCGGCCCGCUUAAGAAAUUGAUGGGCCGCGAACAUUAAUUGAAGGGCCUCUCUCUCACCUGUACUUGUCCCCCACCUCCCUCCUCCAUUUUAUUCGGCCAUUUUCAGCAACUUACUAUCUACAUCCCCAGUUGCUCUUAAUUUCCUUAUUUCUCCUCCUCUCAUCUUCUUCACCUUCACCACACAUACACGAAUCACGAUACACCUCCUCCUGGCAACAUGAGCAGCAACUCAUCCGAUUCUGUACCGGCCCUCCCAUGGAGGACUCGCCUCUCCAUCUCCGCCGCAUCAGCCGUCACCGACGCCGUUCGCCGUACCAACGGAACCCUCAACCGCCGUAUCUUCUCCCUCCUCGAUUUCAGCUCACCUCCUACUCCCAAUCCCAUCAACGGUGUCAAGUCCUCCGACAUCACCGUCGACCCAGAGCGCAACCUCUGGUUCCGCCUCUUCACUCCCACCACCAACGCCACUUCCCUCCCGGUCCUCAUCUUCUUCCACGGCGGCGGCUUCGCAUUCCUCUCACCCUCUUCCAAAGCAUACGACGCCGUUUGCCGUCGUUUCGCACGUAGACUCCCUGCUGUUGUUAUCUCCGUCAAUUACCGUCUCUCCCCCGAGCAUCGCUUCCCUUGUCCAUACGACGAUGGUUUGGACGUUCUUAAAUUCCUCGACCGCGACCACGACGUACAGGUACUGCCUGAGAUUGGUGACGUGUCCAAGUGUUUCUUGGCUGGUGAUAGCGCGGGUGCGAACUUGGCCCACCAUGUGGCGGUUCGGGCGUGUCGGGAGAGAUUUCGGGUCGUGAACGUUACCGGGUUGAUAUCGAUCCAGCCGUUUUUCGGGGGAGAGGAGCGGACAGAGUCGGAGAUCCGAUUAGCGAGGGCUCCGUUGGUUUCGAUGGCCAGGACGGAUUGGCUUUGGAAGGUGUUCUUGCCAGACGGGGCUAACCGGGACCACGAGGCGGCCAACGUGAGCGGGCCGAAUGCGAUUGAUAUGUCGGCUACGGAGUAUCCGGCUACGGUUGUGUUUGUCGGGGGAUUCGACCCGUUACAGGACUGGCAGAGGAGGUACUACGAUUGGUUAAAGAAAUCAGGGAAAGAGGCGCGGCUAAUGGAGUAUCCGAGCAUGAUCCACGCGUUUUAUCUGUUUCCCGAAUUGCCGGAGUCGUCGCAGUUGAUUGGGCAGGUCAAGGAUUUCGUCUGCUCUAAACUCUAAAAUAUGAGAGACGUGAAAUUUUUAACUGUGUGCAUCUACCGUGCGAUAGUUGCAGAAGAAUUAUAUUAUAUUAGAGUUUUUUUCAAUGCUUAUUUUAAGGGUCAAUAUAA